ACUCCUUCAGAGGUAUAAGGAGGAUACAUCUAAUACUUCAAUUGCUGAAAACCUAUUGUUAUUUUUCUGGUAUUAAACAUCUCUUCAGCCUCAGACUGAUUGCAAUGUUCCUUCUACUUCAUUUCAUCAUCCUGAUAGAUGUCAAAGAUUUUGCACUGACCAAGGGCAGUACAAUCACUUCUCUGUGCCCAAAAGGAUACUUUCCCUGUGGAAAUCUUACCAAGUGCUUACCCCGUGCUUUUCACUGUGAUGGUGUGGACGACUGCGGGAACCAGGCUGACGAGGAUAGCUGUGGAGACACUAGUGGAUGGGCGACCAUAUUUGGCACAGUCCAUGGAAAUGCUAAUUAUGUGGCAUUAACACAGGAGUGCUCUCUAAACCAGUAUCCACAACCCUGUGACUGCAAAGGAACCGAAUUGGAAUGUGUAAAUAUGGGCUUAAAGUCUGUGCCAGUGAUUUCCAGCAAUGCGACAUUACUGUCUCUUAAGGAAAACAAAAUUCACAGUCUUCCAGAUAAAGUUUUCAUCAAAUACACAGCACUUAAACAGAUAUUUCUUCAGCAUAAUUGUAUUACGCACGUAUCACGGAGAGCAUUUUUUGGAUUACAUAAUCUGCAAAUAUUGUAUCUCAGCCACAACUGUAUUACAACUCUCAGACCUGGAGUAUUCAAAGACUUACAUCAGCUAACUUGGCUAAUUCUAGAUGACAAUCCAAUAACCAGAAUUUCCCAGCGGUUGUUUACUGGACUAAAGUCCUUGUUUUUCCUGUCUAUGGUUAAUAACUACUUAGAGGCCCUUCCCAAACAGAUGUGUGCCCAAAUGCCUCAACUCAACUGGAUGGAUUUGGAAGGCAAUGGAAUAAAAUGUCUUACGAAUUCCACCUUUCUGUCAUGCAAUUCACUCACAGUGCUGUUUCUGCCUAGAAAUCAAAUUGAUUUUGUUCCAGAGAAGACAUUUUCUUCAUUAAAAAAUUUAGGAGAACUGGACCUGUCUAGCAAUAUGAUAAUGGAGCUACCAGCCCACCUUUUUCAAGACCUGAAGCUUCUACAGAAACUGAAUCUGUCGUCCAAUCCUCUUUUGUAUCUCCACAAGAACCAGUUUGAAAGUCUUAAACAGCUUCAGUCUCUUUAUUUCAAAAACUUUCGAUACUGCUCCUAUGCUCCCCAUGUCCGCAUAUGUAUGCCCUUGACUGACGGCAUUUCUUCAUUUGAGGACCUGUUGGCUAACAAUAUCCUCAGAAUAUUUGUCUGGGUUAUAGCUUUCAUAACCUGCUUUGGAAAUCUUUUUGUCAUUGGCAUGAGAUCUUUCAUUAAAGCUGAAAAUACGACCCACGCUACGUCCAUCAAAAUCCUUUGUUGUGCAGAUUGCCUGAUGGGUGUUUAUUUGUUCUUCAUUGGCUUUUUUGAUAUAAAAUACCGUGGGCAGUAUCAGAAGUAUGCGUUACUGUGGAUGGAGAGUUUACAGUGCCGCCUCAUGGGGUUCCUGGCCAUGCUGUCCACCGAAGUCUCCGUCCUGCUGCUGACGUACUUGACUUUGGAGAAGUUUCUGGUCAUUGUCUUUCCCUUCAGUAAUAUUCGUCCUGGAAAAUGGCAGACCUCGGUCAUCCUCAUUUGCAUCUGGAUUAUGGGAUUUUUAAUAGCUGUGAUUCCGUUUUGGAAUGAGGAUUAUUUUGGAAACUUUUAUGGAAAAAAUGGCGUGUGUUUCCCACUUUAUUAUGACCAAACAGAAGAUAUCGGAAGCAAAGGUUAUUCUCUUGGAAUUUUCCUAGGUGUGAACUUGCUGGCUUUUCUCAUCAUUGUGUUUUCCUAUAUUAUUAUGUUCUGUUCCAUUAAAAAAACUGCCUUGCAGACUUCGGAAGUGAGGAAUCAUGUUGGAAGAGAGGUGGCUGUUGCAAAUCGUUUCUUUUUUAUAGUGUUCUCUGAUGCCAUCUGCUGGAUUCCUGUAUUUGUAAUUAAAAUCCUCUCCCUCUUCCGGGUGGAAAUACCAGGCACAAUCACCUCCUGGAUAGUCAUUUUCUUCCUUCCAGUAAACAGUGCCUUGAACCCCAUCCUCUACACUCUCACAACCAGCUUUUUCAAAGACAAGCUGAAACAGCUGCUGCACAAACAUCGGAGGAAAUCCAUUUUCAAAAGGAAGAAAGAAAGUCUCUCGACAUCCAUUGUGUGGACGGAUGACUCCUCCGCACUUAAACUUGGCGUUUUGAACAAGAUAACCCUCGGGGAUGGUAUAGUGAAGCCAGUUUCCUAGCAAUGGUUUUGGACCCCCGGACUUCCAGGGGACCACCUGUAAGAAAAGGACAGCGUUCGGAACAUGCUACCUGCAGUGCUUUUCAUCUCUCCCAACAGCAAACCUUUCUGCACAGAGAGCACAGCAGAGUGACUUCUGGCACUGCGUUCCGAUGGCAGUUGUUCCACUUAGCCGUGCGAAGAACUGUACCUGUGGGUUCUGCUCGCUCUCGGCAUUUCGGAAAUGCACUAGCGAAACCACACCCAGUAGGCUGAUGGGCCGCUGAUGCGCAGCUGGUCGACACUACUACCCCCCUGCAAGGGAACGCCCCGCACAUUGGCACUGCAUGUCUGCUUCUGAGUUGAAUUGCACCGCCCAUAAAAUAAAAACAUUCAUGACACCUCAUUCCAGGGUGGCCAUCGUCACGUAAACCUCACAUCUCUCUCUUUGCGUUUUCCACGCCAAAGGAAAUCGUCGGCGUCCUGCUGAACCGAGGGCAAAGGAUUUCUGAGAUGUUCGCCCGCCUCCAGCCUCGCCCUCGACGCCGGUGGCGUAGAAACUUUGAAAGCACAUCUUUACACGAGGCUGUUGCAGCCAACAAAACGGCAGAGAGACAGAGACUAAGCCUAGUACCAUUCACCCUCUUGGCUGCUAUUUAGUGUCAGCAGAGUUGAGAUCGCAAACAAGAUUAUUUUUCUCGAGAUUGCCCAGGCCACGAAGAAAAAUUGGACACCCCAACGGCCAAGACUACAUUUUAAUCUCUUUCAAGGGUAAUGUCUUUAAAGUAGCAUCCCUACGGCUAGGAGGUUCUGUCUUCACAAAACACACGGAUGAGACGUGUUAAAGGGGUUUAAGAAUAGUGGUUUGAUUGGGUCCAUUUGCUUACUCAGAGAGAUUUCACUCAAAAAGGCCAGUAAGUUUGGACUUGAGGUUUGAAAAUGUAAAGUACUUACUUGUGAAGGCCUGGAUGUGUCCUUACCAUGAAAGCUCAUAUGUGAAAAACAAUCAAGUAAAUAAAAUUAUAUUUUGCAUUUGUCCAUAUUUUAUUUUAUGUUUGAAAAAGACUACAGAGCCUGUUUAUUGACUAUUACCAUGUUUCUCCUGAGAGAGAGUAUAGCCGGGAAACACAGCACCUCAGUCAACAAGCACAUCUUAUGUUUUUCUCUUACCCCUUUUUCCAAAGCAUGAGGCAAUAACUGAAUGUCUUUACUGCUCUCUUCAUUCUGAGUUCCUUUAAUGAGCAGAAUCUAAGCAGCUGACCAAGAACUCCAGAUUACCUCCUAUCAUCUAAUAGCAUCCAGGAAAGAAUCCCAGAGUUCAUAUGUCACGGCAGUUCUGGUAAUUUACUUGUUAUUGCUUAAUAGUGACUAAAACCAUCGUUUCAACCAAGUGAAAUAUCUUUUGCAUCAGUGAAAUCUUUCUGAGGAUUCUGCAGAUAAUGUUCCUCCCCAUUAAGUAGGCUGCCCUUUUCCCUUAUGGUUUCAAACUUUUCUCCAUCUUGUCUCCUCACUAUGAUGAGUUACUUCCUGACAUGUUUCCUGAAUUUGCUGACAUUUUAUUAAACGCCCUCUGCCAGUCCUUGAUCAUCAGAUGAUUUAUUUCCUAAUACAUUUCCCAACAUCAGGAACAUAAAUAAGGACUAGACCCUGAGCCCAGGGUAUUGCAAUCUUA